CGUCACCGUCGCUGAAAUCUUGCUGUGUGCCAAGCCAGUCGCUUGCAACCUUCGACCGGGAGAACUCGUCACCGUUACCCGCACAGACCUGGACCGCACUGUCUCAAAUAGACGAGCCUCGAAACAACCUUUCUGAUCGAUAUUUUAACAUAAACUUGAACCGAAUUUCCAUGCUACGUGCUCUCGACUCGGGGACUUUGUUAAAGUCGGUUCGCGCUCUUUUGUAAUGGACUUGGACGUUUCGCGGUGGGGUGCGUGUCUUCGGAGUAGGUUUUCUUGACACAUUUGCGCAAAAAUGACAUGAACCGGGAGACAGCGUGCCGCCCGGCUAUCGCAGCAUCGCGGAAAAAUGAAGGGAUAAUGUACCAUAUACAACAAUGGGCGGCUUGUGCGCUACUAAUCACAAUAACGGGGGCGACUGUCGCUGUGGCAGGAGGAGAAAAAUGGACCGACGGCGAAGGAAAUGUUUUGCACAUUGGAGGAAUUUUUCCAAUAGCCGGGGAAGGCGGCUGGCAGGGGGGUCAGGCUUGUAUGCCAGCUGCAAACCUAGCAUUGGAAGACGUGAACGCAAGACGUGACCUCUUACCUGGUUACGUACUUAAAUUGCAUAGCAACGAUAGUGAAUGCGAACCAGGGUUGGGAGCCAAUGUAAUGUACAACCUACUCUAUAACGAACCGACGAAGUUGAUGCUAUUGGCCGGAUGUAGCACUGUUUGUACCACCGUUGCUGAGGCUGCCAAAAUGUGGAAUCUAGUUGUGUUAUGUUACGGGGCAAGUUCGCCAGCUCUAUCGGACAGAAACCGUUUUCCAACGUUAUUCCGAACGCAUCCAUCGGCCACUGUCCACAAUCCGACGCGAAUUAAACUGAUGAAGAAGUUCGGUUGGUCUCGGGUAGCCAUCUUGCAACAAGCCGAGGAGGUUUUUAUUUCGACCGUCGAAGAUCUCGAAUCUAGAUGUUCACAAGCCGGAAUUGAGAUAGUGACAAGGCAAUCGUUCUUGUCGGACCCAAGCGACGCUGUCCGAAAUUUACGACGGCAAGACGCUCGAGUCAUCGUGGGACUCUUUUACGUUGUGGCGGCUAGACGAGUGCUCUGCGAGCUAUACAAACAAAAUCUGUAUGGAAAGUCCUAUACUUGGUUUUUUAUCGGUUGGUAUGAGGACAACUGGUUCGAAGUGAACCUGGAGAAAGAAAAUGUGGAGUGUUCGAUUGAGGAGAUGAGAAUUGCAGCAGAAGGGCACCUAACUACAGAAGCUCUGAUGUGGAAUCAGAAUUUAAACGAGCGCACCAUUUCCGGAAUGACUUCCGAGGAUUUCCGACACAGAUUGAAUGACGUCCUACGAAGAGAAGGAUACGAUAUCGAUAACCAGAGGUAUCCCGAAGGAUACCAGGAAGCGCCGUUGGCGUACGAUGCCGUCUGGUCCGUAGCAUUGGCUUUUAAUAAAACAAUGGACCGCCUUCAUAAGUACGGAAAAAGUUUAAAAGACUUCAACUACAAUAAUAAAGAAAUAGCCGACGAUAUAUAUUCUGCUAUUAACUCUACUCAGUUUUUAGGUGUAUCGGGUAUCGUCGCUUUUAGUUCUCAGGGCGAUCGUAUAGCCCUCACGCAAAUAGAGCAGGUCAUCAACGGCAACUAUGUUGUACUGGGAUAUUACGACACACAGGCUGACAAUCUCACUUGGUUUGACAGGGAGGUCUGGCGCGGUGGGAAAGUACCUCAAGAUCGAACCAUCAUCAGAAGAGCAUUGCGGACUGUUUCGUUGUCCCUUUUCAUUUGUAUGUGCAUUGUGUCGAGUCUAGGGAUAAUUUUAGCUAGUGGUUUAAUUGUUUUCAAUAUAGUGAACAAACACAGAAGGGUAAUUCAGUCAUCACAUCCGGUAUGCAACACCAUAAUGUUAUUCGGAAUAGUGGUAUGUUUGGCGGCAGUUUUUCUGCUCGGUCUGGAUGGCAGGUUCGUGGUGCCCGAAACUUACCCCUUCAUCUGCCAAGCCAGAGCCUGGUUGUUGACUAUAGGAUUCACGUUGUCAUUCGGGGCUAUGUUCAGUAAAGUGUGGAGGGUGCAUCGGUUAAGCACGAAAGCGAAAACGGAUCCCAAGGCAAAAUCGAAAAAGGUCCAGCCUUGGAAACUGUAUUCGAUGGUGUCCGGCCUAUUGGUGAUCGAUUUGGUGAUUAUGAUCAGUUGGCAGAUACUCGAUCCGUUACAGAGACGAAUAGAGUUAUUUCCUUUGGAAGAACCCGAAGAGGAGUCGGACGAUUCAAAGAUAAGACCAGAACUCGAGCACUGCGAGAGCCAUCACAACAACGUGUGGCUCUCUCUGAUGUGCGCCUAUAAAGGUCUAAUUCUACUCUUCGGAUUAUUCCUGGCAUACGAAACGAGAUCGCUGAAGGUGAAACAAAUAAACGACUCCCAGUACGUCGCGUUGACCAUCUACAACGUAGUACUAUUGUGCCUAAUCACCGCGCCGGUCACGAUGGUGAUCUCUAGCCAGCAAGACGCCAGUUUUGCCUUCGUAUCUUUAGCUAUCACUUUUUGCUGUUUUCUUUGCAUGGCUCUCAUAUUUCUGCCUAAGGUGAUCGCUGUAAUUAGUAGAUCGAGCGAUAAGGCUGAAAGCAAAUAUAAUCCGGAUGAGAGGCCAUCCAAAGAGGACGAAGAAAAAUAUCAAAAACUAGUGAGCGAUAACGAGGAGUUACAACGACUUAUAGCCCAGAAAGAAGAGAAAAUAAAACUAAUGAGGGAAAGGUUGGUAGAAAGAGAGAAGGAAAGCUGCGGUGCUAAGGCGAUAACACAUCACACGUCAUUGCUGAUGCAGGGUAAGGAAACGCUGAUAGUGGCGGAUUUUAUUACUGACGCAGGUACUUCGGAUUCCGCCUUCGGCGGUGGAGUUUCGGUGUACACCAGGUCGUCUAGAUGCAGCCAGUCGGACAUAGAGUUUAGUGACAGUUACCUCUAACUGCAAUGAAAACUUACGAGUAAACGAAACAGGAAAAGAAAUUAAAUAAUAAAUUUUAAUAUAUAAUGUUAACCACCCAGACCCAUUAAUUAGGUGGUGUAUUGUUUCCAGAACUAGCUAAUAUCCAUUUGCUGUUUCUCCUUGAUAAGUUUGGCUUACCAAUCUAAUUUCAGCAGUUGUUAGUCUCUCCAAUUCUGCGCUAAAUAUAUGUUCCCGCUUUGUACAUCAACCAAGUAUUCCUAGAAAAAGACAUCUCGAUAUUGAUGCCAUUAGUAGACAAUCCAGUAUUGAAAAAUGUGAUAUAUUGAUACGAAAGACGAACGCAUUUAACCUACCGCAACUUGCGAUGGAGAACGAACGCUGUUUUGUCUACCGCACGCAAUGGGUAACCGAAAAAUGUGGACGACCGAGUUGUUUGUAGAUUAUAGAGCACUUUCAUACUUUUGUUACUUAUCGUAUGUACUUAGAAAUUCUACACUUAAGUGUUUUCGUCACUUUUUUACUCGAAAACUUAGGCGUACAAGAUCGAAAAGGUUUUGUUUAGUAUGCUGGUUUCGAAAUUAAAACGACAAUAUUCAUGAUUUUGUAGAAUAUGAUUAAGAGCGUUACUAUGCGUUUGUUUGCUUUAGUAAUUAGGUACUUGAAUUUUAACAGCAACGCCGAUUCUAACGACAUGCUCCUUAUAACCAGUGGAAAUAAUCGCUCACAAUCGUUUCAAAAAACAUGCUCCAACUCCUGAACUAGAGAGUCGUGUUACAAAAAUAAAGUUCAUAUAAACUUUGGAAAGGUUAGUUACCACGAUAGCGAUUUUGAAUAUUUAUAUGGCCAAUUUUCUUCAAGUAGAUUAUAUUUAAUACAAUUAUUAAUUAAAAUGUAUAAAUUUAAUUAAAAUUAAAUUAAAAUUCGCGAAACAAUGAUAUUUUUUAACAAAAAAAAAUUGCUAGGUAUUAAAGAACUAAUACUACAUAAGUUAAUUGUAAUACUUUUAUUAUAAUUUAUUUAUUUUUUAUUAAUUUUUUUUAGAUAGACAGUUCGUCGGUAUAAAACGUUACAUCUUAAAUGUCAUUUUAAUUUCAAAGAGAGAGAAAGAGA